GAAAAUGGUUGGAUAACAAUGAUUUUCUUUCUAUUAUUACGUAGAAACGAUUGUAUUUAAUAUAAUAGUUGAUAAGUUCAAUUAUCCAACUUAUAUUAUUAAGUUAAUACAAUUAAACAAUGAGAGAUGAUUAAUUAUCAUCAUGGGGAAUCCAAAUUACGAUUGAAAAUAUUGGUUUAUAUCCAAUUAAUCACUGAAUUUAUCUCGAAACUUGGUCGAGUAGCGGUCAAAGUGAACCCUUGACCAUCGAUGACGAUAAAAUUGGUCUUUUUGUAAGAGAUGGAGGUAUAAUACCAACAUACAAAUCGUCAGCAAAGACAACUCAUGAUCUACGAAAACAAUUAUCACAAUGAUGGUAAAUCAAUAGGCAGUAUCACUUUUGGUAAUUGUAUCCAUGGAAAAUAUAAAGCAAAUACUUUAUUCUUAUUGAUAUUUCGCUUCUAUUGGAAAGCUGGAUUGUUCACAUUAGUUUGACGAUCAAUCUUCCGGUAAUCAUAAGAGGACAAUUCGGCCUCUCUAAACUUCCAUUAUGAGUCCUCAAUCUAACUAAUGAAUUAAAUUCUGGUAUCAACUUUCGGGAUGCAAUUUAAUUCUAGUGCCUCAGAAUUCACGAGGUACACAGGUACUCUAAAGCAUUUGAGAUGCUUCGAUUCAUAAUUUCCACUGACUUAAUGGAUUCGGUCAACUUUUAAUGGAAAAUUGAAUAAUUAAAUUUCCUCAAAGUCCAGUUGAUAUUAAGAGAGAACUUUUUUACGACCUUGUGAAAAGAGAAUGGCAAAAGAAAACCUCUGAGAAGGAGGAAAUUUUCUCAUAAAUUCAAGAGAAAAACUCAAAGCUCAGUUCUAAAAAUCGAUGUACCAUCAAGAAGAAAACAUCGAUAUAUUUAUUUAAAUACUAAUAAUAACUCAUAGAGAGUUCCAAUUGGUUAAAAAUCUAAAUUUGAAAUCGAUUGAAGUUCUUGACCAUCGGCUAAACGAAAAUCUCAUUCUAAUGAAUUAGUAAAUGUUGUAUGAGAAUCUCCUAGAAAUCUUAAUCAAUCUUUACAAGAAUCGAGUUGAAUUUCAAGGUUAACAAUAAGUAAACUCAGAUGAACUUUUCUUCCAGAACCUGAAAGUUUAUAAUCAAGUUUUAUGAGAGAGUUUCAACUCAUCAAUGAUAUUUUUUUUCCCAGAAAAAGUUCUAAUGAAUUAAUCUUAAUGUUAUUUCAUGACUUAAGUUAUGGCUUCAAUUUCAAAUAUUAUUGUGCUUCUUGCUUUCAAUUUGCUCUACUCGAACCUCGUUCAAUCGUCAACGUACUCGAAGAAACUUAUUUUUCAACAAUAUAAUGAAAAUCCUCAUUCGAGACAAACUAAUGUCACAUCGAAGCUUUCGCAAAAAGUGGACUUAUUUAGAGAUAGUGUUGGUAGAUUUUCUAGAACGCAAUCAAUUAAUAAAUUAGAACAGGAUUCAUGUUCAUGUAAUUCGUGUCUCAAUGGACCUUCUUGUCGUGUUGAAAAUAAAAUUAGAUCAAGUCGAGUUUAUUCUGAUGAAGAUACUGAGGAUGAUCAAUCGAAUGUUCAAUGUGGGGAAGUCUUGAAUUCGCCGAACGGAAUUGUGACCUCACCGAAUUAUCCUAAUCCAUUCAAUGUCUCUGGUGAAUGUCUUUGGAAGAUUAAAACAUCAGAUGGAUCUCGAUUGGUUGUUAAUCUAAUUGAUUUGGAAUUAGAUUCUUCUCUUAAUUGUACUCGAAAUGUGCUAAUCGUUUACGAUGGACCAACUGAUCAAGACUCUCAACUAUUAGUUGCUUGUAAUCAGAAGCAACUGGCUGAUAGUUUGAUUACUUCAAGAGGCAAUGAGUUGACAAUCAAGUUAAUCACAAACGGAUCAAUGAAUUAUUUCAAAGGUUUUAAAUUUUAUUAUGAAACUGAUUGUAAUAAUUUCAUUGAAGACAUAAGUGGAUCAAUAGAGAGUCCAGUCUAUCAGAACUCAAAGAGUCUUAAUUGCUCUUGGACAAUUAAAGUACCAAAAGGAAACAAUAUAAGUUUGGUCAUUGAGAAGUUUAAAUCAGCUGAUUCUUCAUGUUCAUCGAGUUACUUAUCAUUCAUUGGCAAUCAAUCAACCAAAACCUUCUGUCAAUCAGUUGAUUACACAGAUUUCGACCCAAUUUUAAUCGCUGAUAAUCAAGUACAAAUCAAUUUUGUCCAUCUUAAUCCUGGUAAUCAAUCAUAUUUCCGAUUAGAGUGGAAACUAGUUGGAUGUGGAGGUGAAAUUAUUGAAAGUGAAGGUGAAUUGGUUUCUCCAAAUUAUCCUGAUUCUUAUCCAAAUGGAUUAAAUUGUCUCUGGAGACUCACAGGUAGACCUAAUCAGGCGAUUAAAAUCUCCAUAGACGAAUAUCAUAUCGAGAGAAAUGACUCGUUGCAGAUAUUUGAUGGACCGAACACAAGAUCACAUCGACUUUUGAACCUUUCAGGUCGCCUACAUGAACCAAUUAGUUUAAUGACCAUAAGGAAUCAAGCAACAAUAUCUUUCGGAGUUGAUGAACGUUUCAAUGGAAAAGGAUUCAAAUUAUCUUAUCAAAUCCAUAAUAAUAAUUAUGGUUGCGUGAAUACCUUUCGUACAAUGAAAGGUUCAUUUGCUUCCCCUGGUUACCCGAAUCGUUUUGCUAGACCGAGUUCAUGUGAAUAUUUCCCGAAUAUGAAAACAGAUACGUUUCAGUUACAAUUGAAGAUCUGGAUAUUCCUUGGUCAGUUAAUUGUACUGACCAUUAUGUAAGCUUUUC